AUGCCGUUCAUUAUGUGUUACACCAACCUUUCCAAGGACAAGAUACCACAGGAUUUUGUGGAGUGGAUAUCUGAGCUUGUCAGUGAUGUGCUGGACAAACCAAUGGAGAGGAUCACCACCACGGUGAUGCCAGAUAUGAUGAUGAUGAGGAUGAGUACGUCCGACCCUACAAUGAUUGUCCAAAUCCACGCCAUUGACAGAUUUGAUGCUGAACGGAACCCCUCCUACACCGAGAAACUGAACAAAGCCAUACACGAGAAACUUAAUAUGCCAGCUAACAGGGUCGUCUUUCAGUACUUUCCAGUCGAUAAGACGAUGGUUGGACUCGGACUUUGAUUAUGGAAGUGAUGAACAAAAAACAGAAAAAC